AUGAUUUCAUAUAAGCUCUCCAAGACAGGCAUUGGUGCACUGAAUGUUUCUCGCAAUCUUGACCAAUUCACAUUUGGAUUCCCAUGUCAAGAAUCACAGCUUGAUUGUUCUCCUUACACCGUUAAUCUCAGCCCUGGAUCAUAUCGAAUUGAAUCACGGGGCUCUGUUGGAACCAGACAAGCAUCAGAUCCAAAUAAUCUCAUUGUAGGUGGCACUCCAGGUUUGGGAGGUUAUACCUCAGGAAUUUUAAAUUUAAAUAAAAAAUUAACUUUAUAUUUAUUUAUAGGCUCUAAUUCCCGAUUUAAUAAUGUUAUUAAAACAGCAGCAGGAAAUCCUAGUGGAGGUGCAUCAGAUGUCCGACUUUAUGUUAAUUCAAAUUUCGAUUGGUUUGAUGAUAAAUCAUUGAGAUCUAGAAUCAUGGUGGCAGGUGGGGGAGGUGGUGCUGAAUGGAAUAUGUCAAUUGGUGGUAAUGCUGGUGGUCUUGAGGGAGGAACUAGUAUUUCACAAUGUACCUCAAAAGGUCUUUGUCCAGGAGUGAAUGCGACUGGUGGAACUCAAACAAGAGGAGGGAUUUCUUCAACAGACAAUAGUUGGAAACACGUAGAUGGUGCUUUUGGUUCUGUUCAAAUUGUUAUUAAUUCAACAGAUAUGGGAGGCUAUGGCGGAAAUGGAUAUUUUAGUGGUGGUUCUCUUGAUUGGGCUGGCGCCGGAGGUGGUGGAAGUUCAUUUAUUUCAGGAUUUGAUGGAUGUAUUGCAUUAUUAGAUGAAAAUAGUAGUACAUUGAGUCAAAAUAGUUCUAUCCACUACUCUGGAUAUUUCUUUGAAAGUCCUUCAAUGCAAAGAGGAAAUACAUCAAUGCCUCUUUAUUACAAUAAGAAUGCACAUGGAAUUGGAAAUAAGGGAAGGGGUUGUAUCCGUAUUACUAUUCUUAAUUAUUUAUUUACAUGUCAUAAUAACAUAUAUUUUAAUUUCCGUUUUCUAACUCAUGUUUUUGUUCUAAUAUAUGACAAAUAA